GUCAGAUUGUUAGAUUGUUUCCGCUGUGCCACGUUGGGAACUCCUGAUUUUCUUUAUGAUUAUUACUGAGGUUAUCUCGGUUGGGGGUGGAGUGGGGUGGGAGAAAAUUCGGAUUAAAUUUUUGUUGUUGUUGUUGAGGAAGCUGUUAAUUUUUUCAUUUAUCCUUUAUUCCUUUAUCCCUUCCCCCACUUUUUUCCCCUUUAAGUCCUCUCCCCUCCGUUCAUCCUCCAAAUAUCUGAAGAUAUUUUGAAAAGGAAGCCUCUUUCUUACGUGCAAUGAAUUUUGCCCACAAUGGGCUAAUUGCCAAAGCAGUUGGCCACCUGUGGGAGUAAUUAGUCACUUGUCAGUCGUUCUGAGGUUAGUCAGUUGCAGUUGCAAUUUAUUAUAGACACAGUUUUGCAUCUACAAAUAACCAUGGCUAUUAAAACCACCCAUAGAGAAAGAAAAGGUUGAACAGGAACUUUAAGAAGUUGUCAUAUUUCUUUACAUUUGUGAAUGAAGCUUGGGUAACAUUCAGCCCUGUUCUUUUUAUCCCAACCCACAGAAACUGGAGUUAGGGAUACUGAAGAAAAUGUAGUCCAAAAUUAUCCUCUUAGAGGGUAGGCAAGAUAUAUGAUCAUGUUUUCUUUGUAAUUUUAUUCGAUAAGGUAAAAAAUGUUCUUGAUCAGUCAUAGUAAGAUGUAGGUUGUCUUAUCAUGCAGAUGUGUAUAAUGUAAAAUGAAUCCCUUUAUGUUUAAGACAAUCAUAACAAGAACUUUGUUCUCACAGUGAGCAACAAUGUGAUAGCCGUCAUUUUGGUUAACCGUUGUGAGGUUAACAUGGUUUAUCCGCAGAAGGCAUUCUCCAUUUUACUUUUUCUAUAUAUUUAUCAGUGGUUGCUACUAUCAGUCAUGAUGCCAAGAAGUAAAAAGUAUAUAAAAUAUAAGCAAUAGAUAAUCAGGUAAUUUUAUAUGUGUGUGUGUUUUAGUAGCAGGGGAAUAAAAAGUAGCAUGUAGAUUUUUCAGGUUUCUCUUGUGUACUAUACAGAAUCUCACCUAAGCUGCCUUAAGCGAUGAAGGAUAUUUGUUAGUAUUAUUAUUAGUUAUUGAAUUUAGAAAUUUAAAAAAUAAAGUUGGAUAAAUGUGAGACUUUUUCCAGGAGCACAACACUAUUACCAAAGACCCAGAUUCUUGACAUUUCUUCACUCUGCUUUGCAUAGCGCUUGCUUCAUUCUGAGGAUGGUUCCCACCCUAGCUCUCACAUAGAGAACCCUUUUUCCAGAUAAACUUAGCAAAUAUCUCCUUGUGUGUCAUUAGCCCAGACUGAAUCAUUUACUUGUUGCUAAAGGAGUCACUUGAGCCAAAGGGAUGGGUGCAUUCAUUGGCUUAAAGGCCAGUAGCCUAGUCCUAGCGGCAACCCCACUUAAACAGCAUGCGUGAGAAAUCUGAGACCUAGAUAGGUGAGGGGAGGAGGGAAGUGAAUGCUAAUAACAACAGCUGUCUGCUAUAAUAAAUAACAAUAAUUCAUGUGCUACAGUAAGGUAGAGACACAGAACCCGGUGCUGUGUAGGGUGGGCUUAGUGUGGGUUGACUCUAUUACUGUAGUAGUUAUAGGUGCCAUCAACAUUCAUGUUCCUAAGAUGCUAAAGGACAGAAACAUACCGGAAGGGCUUUGUAGCUUACAUUGUUCUUAGGGAGUCUAUGGCCACCUCCUUUAUCAGUUAGCACAUGAAGGCUUUGCUUGACUCUGAGGCUGUGACCCUUGCUUACUGAGAAGAAAAACUCAGAGACCUUCACUGAGAAAUCUGAGGGGAGGAAAAAAAAAUGCAUGAGUGUAUACACAGUUGAUUCUCAUUAUUUGCAGGGUUAGUAUUUGUGAAAUCAGUACUCACGGUACUUCACGGUCAUUUGCAGACGUGUGCAGCGUGGUGAAAAAUUUGAGUCAUCUGAAGCCCACGUUCUUAGCUGAGGUCGAAAAAAAGGAUACUCUGCCUUCUCAUUUCAGCUCUCAUACUGUAACCAUGUGUCCCUUUCGAAGUCUAUUUAGUACCACGUUCUUCACAUUUUCAUGCCUUUCGUUGGUGAUUUAAAUUUUUUAAAUGGCCCCCAAGUGUAGAGUUGAAGUGCUGUCUAGUGUUUCUAAACGUGAAAAGGCUAUGAUGUGCCUUAUGAGAAAGUACAUCUGUUAGGUCAGCUUUGUUCAGGCAUGAGUUAUAGUGCUGUUGGUUGUGAGUUCAACCUUAAUACAUCAACUCUUUUUAUUAAAUAAGGUGUCUUUAAACCAAGACACACAUAAAGUUAGGUACUGAUUGGUUGAUUUAAGCAUUAUGACCAGUGGCUCUCAGGAACUUAGCCUUGUUAUUUCUCCUAGGAGCAGUGGGUUUGGUAUCUACUAAUUUUGUGCUCACAGUGACUUUAUAGAAUAUAACUGUGCAAGUGAUGAGAAUCAACUGUGUAUGUGUGAUUGCAUUUAAAAAUAAAGAAAAUUUCUUUGUCUAAUAUCCUGCAAGGUUUUAAGCACAGAAUUCUAGUAUGUAAAGGGAUAAACAAUUUUUUUUUUUGUUGUUCCUAUUAGUUAAAGGAAAGAGUUCAGAGUUUCUAAGUAGUGUGCUUGAGGAGACAUACCCAGUCUAUCUGUAAGUUAUGUUUUUUUUUUUCUCCACCUGGACGCUUCCAUUUAUGUUCUUUCAACCUCUAUCUGAAAUGAUAGGUCAUGACUUACAGGCUUCAACUGACUAUAGCUUCAGCCUCCUUCACAGGGUGUAAUGAAGAAAGAAAGAAACAAACAAAAAACAACACACAUGAUGAAUUCCAAUGUCUUGUCAAAGACCACAUUUGCUACCUUCUCCCUAAUGCCCCCCAACCAAACAUCAUGAAGCUUGCAGCUGCCACAGGAGAGCAUGAGUUGAGACCCACUAACUAAAUUAUGGUGAGUAGGGUAAGGAGGUGUCUUUGCAUCUAGGGCCCUGCUUGCAUCACUCCAUUUGACUUUUGUUUCGCUCAAGCUUGGAACUGUGUUGCCAGCAGCAAGUAUGCUGACUGAAAACUGUCACAACAGCGAUCAUUACAAUCCGGGAGUUGAGUUUGACUGGAACAUAUGUCUUCAAUUUUAAUAGCUCAGCUUCCCAGAUGCCCUAAAGGAGAAUAUUGCCUGAGAGGGAGCUUUUCAUGUAAGAAUAAUUUGUGUUAAGUAGCUCAGUGAUCUGUUUGUUAGGUUAGAGCUGACAGUUUGUUUAUAUUUCUAAAGGGGUAUGAUGAAUGGGGGAGAAGUUGAUGCUAAUUAGCCUAAAUUGUUCCUAAGAAUGUAGAGGGCUUUGCCAGUUUCAUUGUUUCUGUUUCUUUGCACAUUUUAAAUAAUUGAAUGGAGCUCAGACCAUUCAUCAUAAUUUCAGGCAAGAUGGAAAUAAAUGAAUUUAGCACGGGUCUGCAUGUGUAAUGGAAGAUGUCACUUUAAAGGGCAAUUAGAUAAGACAUCAACUUGGGGCUAAUGCAGACUAUCCUAAUCCAUUUGCAUAAAAAUAUCAAACAUGAACGUUUUCAUUUACUCCAUUAAUUAUCUCUGUCAUCAUAAGAGGAUACAGUCCUUCUUUUUGAAAAUCCAUCCAUCUCCAUUAAAGAAGCAGUGCUGUGGUAUAAAAUUUGGACUCAUGACUCUGGACAAAAGAUCUGUGGCCGUCUCUCUAACAAAGUUCCCUGUCCUCUCUGAUGUCAUCAGACACCUCUAAGAAACCUGUUUGAAGAGGGACACAGUGCCUGGCUAAGGGAGAUAAUGAAAAAAGCAGCAGAGAAACAUUUUAGAAUUUGGGACUCAGAGACUUGGCAGGGGCCCAUUCCCAACUUGGAGACUUUGCCUGACAGAAAAGUAUGCAACAGAACAAAUAUUCACAAUAAGGACCUGUCUUGUAGAAAUUUGCCUGAUGCACCCUCUUGAUGUGGUGAAAACCAGGUUUCAGAUUCAGAGAUGCGCAACUGAUCCAAAUAGUUACAAAAGCUUAGGAGACAGCUUUCGAAUGAUUUUCCGCACAGAAGGGUUGUUUGGUUUUUACAAGGGAAUUCUACCACCCAUCUUGGCUGAAACACCAAAAAGAGCAGUGAAGUUUUUCACCUUUGAGCAGUACAAGAACUUGCUAGGAUAUGUGUCACUGUCACCAGCACUGACAUUUGCCAUUGCUGGAUUGGGAUCUGGACUAACAGAAGCCAUUGUGGUCAACCCCUUUGAGGUAGUAAAAGUUGGCUUGCAAGCCAAUCGGAACACAUUUAAAGAGCAACCAUCCACCAUGAGUUAUGCAAGACACAUCAUUAAGAAAGAAGGCUUGGGACUCCAGGGCCUGAACAAAGGAUUUACAGCAACUUUGGGACGUCAUGGAGUUUUCAACAUGGUUUAUUUUGGCUUCUACUUCAAUGUCAAAAACAUUGUUCCUGUCAAUAAGGAUCCAACCUUGGAGUUUUUGAGAAAAUUUGGUAUUGGCCUUCUCUCGGGCACAAUAGCUUCAGUCAUUAACAUCCCUUUUGAUGUUGCCAAAAGUAGGAUUCAAGGGCCUCAGCCAGUUCCUGGAGAGAUCAAGUACAGAACCUGUUUUAAAACGAUGGCAACCGUCUAUCAGGAAGAAGGGAUUUCAGCUUUGUAUAAAGGCCUGCUUCCCAAGAUUAUGAGGCUUGGACCAGGUGAUACCCUUGCAACCUAUGAGAGAGAACACUGCCUGCUUGGAGGCCAUGAGAUUGAACCUUUAACCUCUCCAUGUGGAUGGGACAGAAAAGGAUCUCUGAAGAGUGCAUUUGCCAGUUUAAAGAUAACAAUUUUACUCCCUAAGAAACAGAGGAAAUAUGUCAACAUUAACCAAUAAUGAUAAUGUUCAAAUACCAGACAAUCUCAAUCCCAUAUCCCAUCCCAAUUUCCUUCUCUUAUUUUUAAAAGUAGCUUUAAAUCAUAAUGUGCUUUGAAUAGCAAACUGUAUUUGGGCUUUGUCUUUAUCUUUUAAAAUUUAUUCCAUGUGAAUUCACCUUUGCUAGGAAAAGACCUAGGGGAGAAAAGAAAAAAAAAGAAAACUUUGAUACUAUUAAUAUUAGAUUUUUUUAAAAAAUACAAGAACCAGAAAAUUAUAAAUAGCAUACUAACAAGAGAUUUCUUAAUUUAGAUAAAGAAAAUAACAUUUAGUUGUGUUUCCAUACAAAUGUUUGAUAUUUUUUUUAAAGACUCCUAAUACCACCUAAAAACAUCUGAUAAAGAAUAAUUAUGUACCUUAUGUCAGUUUUUCGCAUGGCAAGAGAGUCCCUUUACAGUAUGCUUUUAAAGUCUCCACCAAAAUAUUGGACUGGUGUUUUGUUCCAUUUGGUUUAUAGUCUAUUUUCUCAUCAGACUGGGAACUCCAGAUGUCAUUAGGAGUCUCACAAGAUCAAAGGAAGACUGUGGCCCUGAGAGUUCAUCUACUCCUUCUGCUUGUUCUUCUCCUGAACUUAAAAUCCUCCGUAGCACUGAAUUUAGGUUAAGAAAUAAAUGCAGUUCAGAGUUCUCCAUGAGAUAUCUGCUACUUGAAAAAAGCAAUUCCUUGAAUAUAAUGCAUGUCAGAAAUCUGCUUACUGUUUAUAUCCUAGUGAUUUGGAAACCUAGCUACUCUAGCCAUCUGAGUUUUAAAUGAGGCCACAAGCCCGAUGUGACAGAAACAGAUUGCCGUGUGGGCUGUGCACAGCACAGAUAGAAAGAAAUCAAAAUCCCCUAAUGAAUGCAUCUUUCACAUCCAUAUCUAGUGAUGUGCCCUGUUAGCUAUUGCACAGAAUUAAUACCGAAAAACCCGCAAUAUAUUAAUUUUCCAAUAGACAAAUUUUACCAAUGUUUUAAAAACGUAUUCUCAAGCCUGUAUUGCCAAGCAAGAAGAAUUUUCUAAACAGGAGAGAUUAAAACUGUAGAAUUUUGCUCAAGAAAAUCAAUUGUUUUCAAAUACAGCACAUAAUCACAUGCUCACACACACACACAUAUACGCCUCUGCUCUAUUAUUAACAUUAAAGCAAAAAACAAAUUGCUUUCAAAAGAUCCGUUGCUUAAACUGUGUCCUGUACCUCCAGAAAUGAAAAAGGGAAUUUUUAAAAAUUAAAUAGCAUUUGUAUUUCUAAUACCACCACCAGUUGACCUAGACAUGAAACAUGCUUCUGUACAACAAUGUAAACUUCACAGCGAGCCAUUUUUACAUUCAUUAGAGCAGAAUUUUCCAUUUUCUUUAAAUUACAACGUAAUUUUGGGCUGAGAUUGCUGAACACACAGGUAAGCCAACAAUAACAGUACAAUUUAGUUUCACAGUGGUUUUCUUAACAUAAAGUUCAUUUUAAGUGUCUUUGCAAAGCCUUUCACAUUAAACUUAAGUUUCUAAGUGA